CACUGAUACCUACUCAAAUUUUAUAAGAGUCAUGACAAAGAUUUUCCAGGGACUUUUAUUGCGCUUUGUGAAAUUCAUUUUGUUUCUUGCCAACCUACAGUAAAUUGAUCAAAUGAAGGUUUUGUUUCUAGAAAAAGGAAGAUAAAUAAAGCUUAAUUUUACUUGCUUUUAGCAUAACAUUCACUCAUGCUUUGGAGGAUUAUUUAAAUCUCCUGAGUUUUUUAGGAUCACUUUUUUAGGGUUUUUUAUUAGUUUUUUUAGGAUCAUUUGCUCUUUUUUUUUAGCUUGGGUAGUAGGAUCUGCGAUCAAAUUCGCGUACAUGGAUCGGCCCCAAUUUAGGGCAUUGAUAUAGGCCCACUAAGAAAUAUCAUUUGGAUAAACCCAGCCCAGCCCAGCCCAGAAGGCACGCACUAAUCGCCAACCCAAAACCAUUCUUCCCACACUACCCCUCUCACCCGGAGAAACGAAGGCCGGCGGCGAGGAACAAGAAGAAGAAAGCCAUGGUGGUGCGGAUCCGGCUCGCGCGGUUCGGCUGCCGGAACCGGCCCUUUUACCGUGUCAUGGCCGCCGAUAGCCGCUCCCCGCGAGACGGCAAGCACCUCGAGGUCCUCGGCUACUACAACCCGCUCCCCGGGAAGGAUGGUGGCAAGAGGAUGGGGCUCAAGUUCGACCGGGUCAAGUACUGGCUGUCUGUUGGGGCACAGCCAUCAGAUCCCGUUCAGCGUAUCCUCUUCCGCGCUGGUGUUCUGCCUCCACCUCCAUUGCUAGCUAUGGGCCGGAAGGGUGGGCCACGUGACAGAAGCCCUAUUCAUCCGAUGACUGGCAGCCCUUUGGAUCUUGAGGGUGUCACAAUUGUUAAUGAUCCCAAUGCUGCUGAAGGUGACGCUGAAGAACCUACAGAACCUUCAUUGGAGAGUUAGCCAGCCCAGCCGGCUUCUGACUACUACUGAUAUGAUCCCUUUCGAGUGGAUUUCUGCAUUCCUUUGGGAUGCUCAAGUUGACAGAUAAUCUUAAAGUGUUGAUCCCAAUCCAAUCCAAUAUAUGUAUAUGCUUGUAUGAUUAUUCCUGCUGUGUGAUCCAAAUCCAAUCGAAUAUGAUGGAUGCUUUAUUUGAUGUUGUUGCUUGAUUAUUAUUGAUCUAAAAAGUUGACAUAUAUUGUCUUGUGUGA